AUUCCUGUAUACAAGCAGCUGUCAGUGUAAAUUGGCGUGUGUUUUUCUUUUUCGGCUUUAAACUAUUUUUGUAAACUUUUAUUGGUUUAUUUUAUAAAAAUCUGUUAAAGCGGUUGUUUGUUAUUCUUUUUAUAAGUUGUUUUAUUUGUUGUUAAAAGUAUUUCCACUAAAAAUCAACUAUGGAUGUAGCUGAUGCUAAUAUUGGUCAACUGCGUGUUAAAGAUGAAGUGGGCAUAAGAUGUCAAAAGUUAUUUCAAGAUUUUUUGGAAGAAUUCAAAGAAGAUGGUGAAAUAAAGUAUGUUAAACCAGCUGCCGAUUUGGAGUCACCCGAUCGUUGUACAUUGGAGGUCAGUUUCGAUGAUGUUGAAAAGUAUAAUCAGAAUUUGGCCACCACUAUAAUAGAGGAGUACUAUAGAAUCUUUCCUUAUCUCUGUCAAUCUGUUUCCAACUACGUCAAAGACCGCAUUGGCUUGAAAACCGAAAAAGAGUGUUAUGUUUCCUUUACCGAGGUGCCGACACGUCAUAAGGUACGUGAUUUAACCACCUCCAAGAUAGGCACUUUGAUUCGUAUCUCCGGCCAAGUGGUGCGUACUCAUCCUGUACAUCCCGAACUGGUUUUGGGUGUUUUCAUGUGUUUGGAUUGUCAAACCGAAAUACGCAAUGUGGAGCAACAGUUUAAAUUUACCAAUCCCACUAUUUGCCGUAAUCCUGUUUGUGCCAAUCGUCGUCGUUUUAUGCUGGAUGUGGAGAAAUCCCUCUUCGUUGAUUUCCAAAAGAUACGCAUCCAAGAAACUCAAUCGGAAUUGCCUAGAGGUUGUAUUCCGCGUUCGGUGGAAAUUAUUUUACGUUCUGAAUUGGUAGAAACUGUUCAGGCGGGAGAUCGUUAUGAUUUCACCGGCACUUUAAUAGUGGUGCCCGAUGUAGGUGUUCUUAGUAUGCCGGGCGCUAAGGCUGAUAUGGGUUCACGCCAUAAGCCCGGAGAUGGCCCCGAAGGUCUGACGGGUCUUAAGGCUUUGGGCAUGCGUGAGCUUAACUAUCGUAUGGCCUUUUUGGCCUGCAGUGUUCAGGCAACUAAUGUACGUUUCGGUGGUACCGACUUACCCAUGUCUGAGGUAACGGCUGAAGAUAUGAAGAAGCAAAUGACAGAUGCAGAGUGGAAUAAGGUCUAUGAAAUGUCGAAGGAUCGUAAUUUGUAUAGUAAUUUGAUUACCAGUUUAUUCCCCUCGAUCUAUGGCAAUGAUGAGGUGAAACGCGGUAUAUUGUUGCAGCUGUUUGGUGGCGUAGGAAAGACCACACAUGAGAAAACCACUUUACGUGGUGAUAUCAACGUCUGUAUUGUCGGUGAUCCCAGUACGGCCAAAUCACAAUUCCUCAAACAAGUCGCUGACUUUUCACCUCGUGCCGUCUACACUUCCGGUAAAGCCUCUUCGGCAGCUGGUCUUACUGCUGCCGUAGUAAGAGAUGAGGAAAGUUUUGAUUUUGUCAUCGAGGCUGGUGCCCUGAUGUUGGCCGAUAAUGGUAUCUGUUGUAUAGAUGAAUUCGAUAAAAUGGAUCCCCGAGAUCAGGUAGCCAUUCACGAAGCUAUGGAACAGCAAACUAUAUCAUUGGCUAAAGCAGGUGUUAGAGCUACACUUAAUGCUCGUACUUCUAUUUUGGCAGCUGCUAAUCCCAUUAAUGGCCGUUAUGAUCGUUCAAAAAGUUUGCAACAGAAUAUUCAGUUGUCUGCUCCCAUUAUGUCACGUUUUGAUUUGUUUUUUAUUUUGGUCGAUGAAUGCAAUGAAGUGGUGGAUUAUGCUAUAGCACGUAAAAUUGUCGAUUUGCAUUCGAAUAUAGAGGACAAUAUCGAAAGAGCUUAUACCCGUGAGGAAGUUUUACGUUAUAUCACAUUUGCCAAGCAAUUUAAACCGAUCAUUAGUCAAGAGGCGUGUAAACUUUUGGUAGAAAACUAUGGACAUUUAAGACAACGUGAUACUGGUACUUCGGGACGCAGCACUUGGCGUAUUACCGUUCGACAAUUGGAGUCUAUGAUACGUUUAAGUGAGGCGAUGGCUAAAUUGGAAUGUAUGAAUGAGGUGCAGGAGCGUCAUGUUAAAGAGGCAUUCCGUUUGCUUAAUAAAUCCAUUAUAAGAGUAGAACAGCCGGAUAUACAUUUAGAUGACGAUGAUAUUGAUGAGGCAUUUACCGGCGAUGUGGAUAUGGAUCAUGGAAAUGGCACUAAUAAUGGCACAGCCAUGGAUACUGGGGAGGGUGGAGAAACUGAACUUAAUACUUCGGCGGGCCAGACCGCUUUGCAAAAGAAAAAACUUACUUUAUCUUUUGAAGAUUAUAAAAAUCUCUCCACUAUGCUGGUUUUGCAUAUGCGCAACGAAGAGGCCCGCUGUGAAACGGAAGCCUCUGAUACGGGCAUGAAACGUAGUGAUGUCGUCACCUGGUAUCUAGAACAAGUGGCCGAUCAAAUUGAAUCCGAAGAUGAGUUAAUAUCACGUAAAAAUUUGAUCGAAAAAGUCAUAGAUCGUUUGAUUUAUCAUGAUCAAGUUAUUAUUCCCUUAAAAACUACCGAAUUAAAACAGCCGGGCAAAAGUCCCAAACGCACAGAGGAGGAUGAGGAAGAAGAUGAUCCUUUGUUGGUGGUACAUCCUAAUUAUAUUAUAGAAUAGUUUCGCAUUUGUUAAACUUUACAUUUUAUAAAGAAAAAUAUCUUCAUUUGGUUUCCAUACAUAUUGACUUUGUAGUUUUUAAGUUGGCCCUCGAUUAGAGGGCUAGAGUUACUUUUUUAUGUUCAUAGAUUGUUAAGCAGGAAAUUAUUUCAAUAUUUUUGCAACAAAAUUUUUAUAAAUAAAAAAUCUUAAAGAAAUUUUAUUGGUUUUCUUACGUUUUCAGUAGAAAUUUUAGGGUUUUGUAGAAAAUUGCUUCCAAACUUAGGUAUUUGAUAUCCAAAUCUUCUAUUUUACACUUAUAAGAAAAAGGUUUCACAAUUCGCUAGAUGUUUUUAGUCAAAAAAUAUACUAUUAGUGAAAUUCUGACUACCACUUUCACCCAAUUUCUCUUUUUAUCCCAAAUUUUUGGACAAAUUUAAACUAAAAUCUUUCUAAAUUAAAUUUGUUUUCCAUAAAUCACAAAUCAAACACAUCAUUUAAUUUAUUUUUUAAACAAUUUCGAAUAGUUUAUUUUAUAUAAAAAAUAUCUUCCCUUUUUCUGGAGAAGAUUUUCACCAAAAACAAUUUUAUGUAAAGAAAUAAUAAUUGUGCAAAUAAAAUAAAGAAAACUUAAUAGUUUCCAACUUAAAAUUACUAAAGAAUGUGUGUUUUUUUUUUCUCUUAUAAAAUGCAAAUGAAACAAAUCUACUUCAUGCUAUUUAAAAGAAACUUAUUUAUGCCGGGAAUACCUAAAUUAACAAGAAUGAACUGAAAACAGGUGUGUGUAAGCAAGCAUUUUGGGUGAUUUUUUCUUUUCAACUUAAACGCAACAGAACUUAUAAACUACCAGUAGUUUAGCUUUCAUCAUCCUCAAUUUUAGGCGCCAAAUAGUAACGUAUAUAGCCCAGCUCUUGUAUGCGAUAUUCAACCA